AUGAUGUCAUCCGGCGAUCAUCAAGGGAGGGAGUUAGGGGAGGGGUCGUCGUCGUCGUCUUGGAGACCGGCGGUGGUGCCGCCUCAUCCGCCGGUUCAGCUCAGCCGCUAUGAGGCGCAAAAACGCCGCGACUGGAACACGUUCGGGCUGUACUUGAAGAACCAGCGGCCGCCGGUCCCACUUCCCCUCUGCAAUUACAAUCAUGUCAUCGAUUUCCUCCGGUGCCUCGACCAGUUCGGGCAGACUAAGGUUCACUUACAAGGCUGCGUGUACUUCGGGGAGCCGAAGCCGGCGGGGCCCGGCACUUGUCCCCUUCGCCAAGCGUGGGGCAGCCUGAAUGCGCUCAUCGGACACUUACGCGCUGCCUUCGAGGAGAACGGCGGCUUGUCGGAGAGAAAUCCCUUCGCCGACAACGCCAUCCGCCUCUACCUCCGUGAAGUCAGAGACGCUCAGUCUAAGGCCCAAGGAAUCCCCUACAAGAAGAAGAAAAAUAAUACUAAUAAUAAUAAUGCUCUCCCGAAGCCUAAUAAUGACGAAACGCCCAACUUCCAGAUGCAAUCCUCUAUUCCUCUUGAUCUCUCUCUCCAGCUUUCAAGGCGAAAAUGGUAA